UGGUAGUUUCAAGCGAAAACAUUAGCCCCGGGGGCCAGCAAAAACAGCAGAGUAGUGGCGAUCAUCGAACAAAGUCGUGCCGUAGUCAGCUGAACGCCUUGCAAAGCAGCCGCGGGACGGUCUGACAUACGAGCGAUGAGCCCCGUCUUGAAGGCGUUCUAGUUACGUGCUUUCAUCGGUGCGCGCAUAAGUGAACGUUUUCACGGUGGAGAAAAAAUCGCAUGCGUCGAGGAGAGUGACCGAUGGCUGCGUCUCCGGAAUCAAACAUGGCAGAUUUUGACGCGAUCUACGAGGAAGAUGACGACGAGGAGCGAGCGAACGAAGAUUCGCUUGUCAGUCUCGUGCCAGAGCCCGUGGUCAUCCGUGGUGCGGGCAACAUGACAGUAUUUGGGCUCAGCAACAAGUUCGACACGGAGUUCCCGCCCACGCUAUCAGCCAAGGUGGCACCUGAAGAGUUCAAGGCAACCAUUAUGCGCAUAAACAGUGUGCUGCGCAAAACAUUGCCAGUGAACGUGAAGUGGCUCUUUUGUGGGUGCCUUUGUUGCUGCUGCACUCUCGGCUGUUCCCUCUGGCCCGUCGUCUGCCUCAGCAAAAGGACACGACACUCAAUAGAGAAGGUCUUGGAUUGGGAGAAUAGCCAUCUUUAUCACAAGCUUGGACUGCACUGGAAGCUUGGAAAACAGAGGUGUGACUCCAACAGCAUGAUGGAAUAUGUGCUUCUUAUCGAGUUCAUCCCUAAGCUGGCCAUUCAUCGACCAGACUAAAAGCCGUCCAGUGUCACCACCAUCGCAUCCGGACCAAGGUUCGACAAAAGGCAGCAUCACCGAGGGAGUGCAGCCGCAGUGAAUCUCAAAAAUGCCGGACGCUGCAGUGACGGUGCGCCUGCGGGCUGAAGACCGACUUUGGCCUGCACGGCAGGAUGGUGUUUUUCCUGGCUGCAGUUGUGAAUAUGUGCUUGGUCUUGGGCUAGCCGCGCGACAGUGACACGGGUGGUUGGUAUUCUAUCACUGCACAGCCGAAAACGUGUUUGAGGGAGCACACUGCUGGUGUUUCAGAGGCCCUCAUUUGCAUAGUCAUACGUUUCUGCAUUGUAAACGUGUUUCGCCCAUUUAUAUGUGUUGACAACAGUGGCAGUGCUGAAAGAGUGCCAACCUAGUUGGUUGGGCUGGGCACUGUGUCGAAAAUCGCUGCCUGUCACCUGAACAAAACACUUAUAUAAUGUGAAUGUUGACAGCCAAUGCUAAACCAGAAUGCACAUAGUGCAGAUGAGCCGUGUCAAGUGGGAGCUCUGCCUGCCAACGAUUGUACUCUGGAAAUGAGGAAAUGAACUUGUUUUGCAACUGUUUGGUACAGACAGCAACUUCUGUUAUCACCACAGCUCCACAAAUUGAGCGCAGGAAGAAAAAAUAACAUUACACUGGUGCCUUUUCAGCAAGGUGAACAUAAUGACCAACAUCCUACUGCUUCACUGGUGCCCGUAGUGUGUUACCAUUCACUGUAGUCAGCACUGUUACUUUGCAGCAAAGUGCAUACUUUCACUGUAGCAGCUUCUAAGCUGUUUUUAUGUCGCAAGCGUCAAUGCGAGGCAUUGGUGUUGAGAACGGGGAGCUGCGUGACAGUAUCGUUGCUCAUGCGAACAUAGCACAAGCGUGUUAUUUGCAGUCUGCUUUGGCUAACGUAUUGUUAUUGGUGGCAAGUUUUCUUGCUCUUUAUAGAAGCAAAUGCUCCUUUUUGCGAAAAGUUGCAGCGUUGCAAAAUGAAAGCAAUUUGUUUAGCUUUCGUGUAGACCGGUGUUGCUGGUGCGAAUGACUUACGUGAGACGUAUAAAAGUGCAAUAGGUUGGUGCACAAUUGUUGCACAAGUACCAUGACAAGAGUUGGCUAGUUUGUUUGUAGGGAUUGCAUUUUUAGAAUUUCAGGCUAGACUUUGGGACCCGGCUGUACCCAGGUACAGGGAUAUGGGGGCAUGUUUAUCUUCUUGUAAUGUCUUUACUGGUGGCUACCUUAUUCGAACUUUACUUAACUUUGUAGGUAGCCGCAUACAUUAGAACCUGGUCGAUCAUAUUCAUGCAAUUUUGGUUCAUGCAAUUUCCCGGUUUUUACUCUCACAUGCUGGAACAGUGAGAAUGCAUGCUUCAAACUGUCCUAGAUACCAAAGUCAUUGCCUCUAUAAAAUAUUCCUCGUCUUUUUUUUUCCUUUUUGCAAAACCUGUCGAUGCAGCAAUUAGAAUGGCAAAUGCUGUUGAAUAUUUUUUACGAGGGCCUAACGAAGCUGUGGGGCAAAAUUUUCUCAGGUAUUGGUAGAAUUCAUUGCAACAAUCAUUGGACUUUACACAAUCCUAAAUUCAGUCACCAGUGCAAAAAAAGAAAAAAGAGAGAACAGUGUUUCUAUGUCGCAAGAUUUUUGCGCAGCUAUAUGCCAACUUAUAACCAUGCAUUCAUGCAAAUCUUGUAGUUGUGGCGAUACGUAUUGCAGACAGUUCUACUCAAAGGAAAGGUUGGUCUAUGUUCUGGUUGCUAGAGUAACAUUAGAAGUGCAUUUAUUGCUCGGUAAAUGUUAUUCAAAUAUGCUAUGCUGCCAUCAUAGCUGCAUCAAUUACGAGAUACCUCGUCACAUUGGCAGGCAGUACGACUGCUUAAUAUCCAGAACAGUAAGCUUCUGAAAUAUUGAAGUGCCGAACCGUAUACUGGUUGUUUCCUUGGGAUCUACACAUCUCAGCAGUUGUGCAUCACAAAAGGAAAUGAACGACAACAACUAUAGGCAGACAUAGCUCAUAGUUUAUGAACUGUCAAAAUACUGUGGGUGCCUGGAAAAAAAAAAAAAAGAGUGAGCAAAGCUUUUAUGUUACUGUGUUCCUUAUUGCUAUAUGUCUUAUCACAGGAGUUGUAAUAACAUAAUAAGGCAUCAUUUACCAACACCUCUACAGCACCAAAAAAGUCUGUUGGUAUUUGUCAUUUUUUUUUUUUUUCAUAAUCACUGUAUACUAGUAAUCGCUGUGCAACACCAUUGCAUUCAAAACCCAAGUGAUGUACGACUGGUGGUCAUAGUUAUGUGCAAUUCGAGCCUUAGUUUCAUAUUCUCGUUUACUAGAACUGAUGCAAGAAGGUACAGGAUUUAAUAUUUUUUAGUUGACAUCAUCAACAGCGCAGAAAGCUGUACUAACAGCAGUUUAAAGAAAGAAAUAAUCGUAGGUACAAAGCCAAGCUCGUAAUGUGCAUUGCCUUGAGACAACAUCGAUGACAUAGUAUAUUGCGAUAACUCUCUCUUCAACUCUUGUAUGAUAUUUGUAUAUAAAUUACUCAACUGAUCAAUAUGCCACAUUAAUGAAGUUACAAGGGUGUGACAGUGUUGGGGCACCAGGAGCCUUGUGAUGGCUUGAAGUACUUGAUGGCCGAUGUACUUUACUACAUCAUGCAAUUGACUUCGCGAAAUUGGGUACCAAAACGCGCUAUGGUAUCGCUGUUCUCUGUUCUGCGUACAACGCCUCAUCCUCAGAGUUUCUGCUCUCUAUUUAUUGUUGGCACAAUUUACCGCGUGAUCUGACAGAGCUGGCAGACCUAUGCAUAUCAAAUAAUGUGUUGAGAUGUUGUGUAUGUUUACUCCUUUCUUUUUCGCUUUUGUGUGCUUGGAAUAAAAUCCCAUGUAAAGCGAA